AUGGGUCAGAAAUCCAAGGGCGGCAAGGGCUCGAGCCCUGGUGCUCAGGCAGCGGGCGCCGCCAAGCCGAUGGCUGCGGGGCCAGCCAUGCUGGCAGAGCUGCAGCGGCAGGCCAAGGCAGCUGAAUGCGAGCGGGCCCUGCAGAAGGCGCGAGAGGAUGAGAAGAAGCUGGACAAGAAACAGCAGCCCCCGCAGGCGCCCGCCGUCGGCCCCGCGCCACGCCGCGGCGGCUGCCGCAACCCAGGGACCACCUACCGAUGCUGGAUGAACAGCACCGUCCAGCUGGUGCUCAGCAGCGACUGCCUGGACGCGCUGGCGCUCGCCCCGCCCGCGCGGGGCGCGGGCCCUCCGUACGUGGCCGUGCUGCGCGCGCUGCAGCGCGUGCGCGCCGACAUCCUCAGCGGCGCCAAGGCCGACACGGGGCUGCUAAGCGGCGCGCUCUACGCGCUGCACGCGCUGCACCCAGGCAUGGGCCUUGACGCCUUCGAGCCAGGCAUGCAGGGUGACCCGAACUUUGCGUUCGGCGCGCUCAUCAACGCCCUGCGCAUGGCGAUCGGCGUGGCGCCCGUCGCGGCCGCGCUGCGCGCCACCGCGCGCGGCCUGGCCGGCUGCGACGCGCGGGGGUGCCGCGGGCGGGUGGUGGUGCGGGGAUCGGUGGACUUCGGGGUGCGGGUGGAUGUGACGACGGCGCCUGACCUCAUCACCGCGCUCAAGAAGGGCGUGUCGGCGAAGUACGCCUGCCGCUGCGAGCGCGCCAGCCCGUGCGCGUGCGUGGAGUGCGCGGCGAACGGCGCGGCGGCGGCGGCGGCUCAAGGCACAUGCGGCCACAGCGGGGUGGAUGUGCUCCCCGUCGAGAGCCUGCCGCCCCUUCUGUGGCUCCGCCUGGAGGGCGGCGCGCAGCAGCCGCACCCCAACUUCAUCUCCCCCGCCGACCAUCAACGCCUGGUCAGCGACAACUACCUGAAGUUUGAGGUGGACCUGGCCGCGGUCGUCGCCGGCGCGCCGCCGUGCGCAUCCAAGGUGUACCGCCUCCGCAGCGUCGCCUUUGCUUGCGGCGCCCACUUCAAGGCCGCCGUCGCGCGCGGGCCGCUGCGCAGCGUCGACCCGCGCGGCAGGGGCGCCGCCUGGGAGGUGGCAGACGACGAGCAUGUGGGGCCCAUCGGGGACGGCUCGCACGCCGCGAUGGUGCGCUGGGCUCAGGGCGCCAGCAGCGGGGACGUGCGGAUGCGCCCGGUGGCGAUGGUCUACGAGGCGCCAGACGGGCGCCCGUUCCCUGCGCCCGCCAUGGCGCCCGCGGCGGCGCCCACGGCGCCAGCGCCCGCAGUGGCAUCCGCGGUGGCGCUUGCGGCCGCGCCCGCCACGGCCCUUGCGGCGCCGGUGCGCGCCGGGGCGGUGGUUGUCGGCACCGGCAGCACGCGCCCGCGGGCAGCUGCGCCGCCCGUCCUGGCGGCGGUGAUGGCGGCAGCGGCGGCGCGGCCCCAGAUGACGCCGGCUGCGGCGGAUGAGGAUGCAGAGUUUGCGGCGGCCCUGCAGCUGUCACUGAAGGAGGCGGCGGCGGCGGCGGCGCUCAGGGACGCCCGGGAGGCGGAAGCCGCACAGGAGGCAAUAAUCUACGCAGCCACCGCCGAGCGCGCGGCCGCAGCGGAGCAGGCCGCGCGCCGUGCCAACGAGGACGCCGCCGCAUGCCAGCGCCAGGCUGCGGCGCUCGCCUUCACAAUAGAGCAGGAGCGGGAGCAGGCCGCCGCCCGCGAGGGCGCGCUGACCGCAGAGCGCGACGCCGCACGGGCCGAGGUGGCUGAGGAGCAGCGGCAGCGCAAGGCCCUGGCCCGCAAGGCUGCCGACGAGGCGAGGGCGCUGCAGGCGGCACAGGCCAACCUGCGGCAAUGUGAGGAUGAGAAGCGCGCAGCGCAGCAGCAGGCGCAGGCGACGGCCUCGGAGACCGCCCAGCUGCGCGGCCGCGUCGCCGACGCCGAAGCUCACGGCGCGACCAUCGCAGCCGAAGGCAAGCACGCGGCGAAGGACGCCGCGCGGAAGCUGGCAGCCGCGCACCGCGAGAGCAAGGAGGCGGAGCGUCGCGCAGUGGCAGCAGAGGAGUGCGCUGCCGGCGUCAAGACACAGCUGGCAGAGGCGCAGCGCGAGGCACAGGCGCAGAGCAUGGCGAUUGCGGAUACGCGGCGUGAGGCGGAGGAGAAGGGCGCGGCGCUGGCGGAUGCAAGGCGCGAAGCGGAGGCGAACAGCGUGGCGCUGGCGGCGGCGCAGCAAGCGGCAGAGCUGAAGGGCGCGGCGCUGGCAGAGGCGCAGCGCGAGUCCGAGGCACGGGGCGCGGCGCUGGUGGCGGCGCGGGAAGAGGCAGAGGUGAAAGGCGCGGCGCUGGCAGAGGCGCGGCGCGAAGCGGAGGCACAGGGCGUGGCGCUGGCGCAUGUGCGGCGCGAGGCGGAGGUCGUGCACGAGCAGCUGGUUGCGGGCCAGGAGGAGGCCGCCAUGCAGAUGCGGCGGUUUGAGGAGGACAUGCGGGCACAGCGCGCGGCGAUGGCGGAGGUGCGGAGGGAGGCUGAGGGGCACAGCGCGGCGCUGGCAGACGCACGGCGCGACGCCGAGGCUGUGCGGGAGCAGCUGGCCGCCAGCCAGCGGGAGGCCGGCGUGCACAUGCGGCGGUUUGAAGAGGAGAGGCAGGCGCAGAGCGCGGCGAUGGCGGACGCUCAGCGCGAGAUGAGCUCGCUGGGCGCGCGCCUGGCGGCCGCUGAGUCCGAGGCGGCGACGCAGACCGCUGCAGCCGAGGCGGCGGGGCUGCUGGCGGCGGCGGCCGGCGCCAGCCUGGCAGCGGCUGAGGGGCGGCUGACGGGCUGUCAGGCGGCGCUCGAGGCGGCGGAGAGGGCGGCGGGCGCUGCUCAGGCGGAGGCGGCCGCGGCCGAGGCGCGGGCGGCGGGGGGUGAGGCCAUGCGGCGCGAGAGGGAUUCGCUGCGCAAGCAGCUGGCAGAGGCUGAGGCUGAGGCGGCGGCGCACAACGCCGCGGCCGAGCACAGCCUGUCAGCGCUGCAGGCGAGGCUGGCCGCUAUCCAGGGGCAGCUGGCCGGCUGCGAGGCGGACCGCGAGGCGGCGCGGGAGGAGGCCCGCGCGGCGCGGGCAGACGUGGCCGCGGCCCAGGCGCGCGCGGACGCGGGCGAGGCGGCGGCGCGGCGCGAGCGCGCGGCGCACGAAGCCACCCAGAGCAAGGUGGCGGGGAUCGUGGCGAAGUUCAGCGCCGCCCUGGGCGCCCUCACAGCCCACACCGAGGGCGUCUGCGCCGCCGUGGCCGGCGCCAAGCGGGGCCAGGGCUCUCGCAGCGCCGCCCAGAAGGCGGCGCUCGGCGCGGCGCGGCUGGCGGCGGCGGCGGCCGAGGCGCGGGCGGACGCGCAGGCCGCUGCGGCAGAGGAGUGGAGGCGCAAGGCUUCGACGUUCCAGGACAGCCUUGAGGCGGCCGAGGCGCGCACAGCCGUUAUGGACAGGGCCUACGAGACUCUCAAGGACCAGUGCGCAGCGGCGGCGGCAGGGGCAGCGGCGGCCGAGGCGCGGGCCGCCGCCAGCUCAGCGGAGGUGCAGCGCCAGCGCGCCGAGCGCGACGCUGCGGAGGCCAAGGCGGCGGAGGCCAAGCAGUCGGCGUUUGCGGCCGUUGCCACUAUGGCCGUCAUGGGCAGGCGCUUCCGCGCUGCCACUAACAGUGUCGUGGGGGACAGGCGCGCGCGCAACGCCAGCCACCGGGCGGCGCUCGCGGCGGCGCGCCAGGAGGCGGAUCUCGCCAGGGCAGAGGCGAGCGCCGCCAAGGCAGAGGCGGCUGCUGCCAGGUCAGCGGCGGCGGCGGCGAGCGCGCUGCCGUCGUCCUGGCUGGAGGGGCGCCGGCUGGAGCGCGCCUGCAGUGCGGGCAGCCGCCGGCUGGCCCGCAGCAGCACCAGCAGCAGCGGCAGCAGCGGUGGCGGCGUGCCGGGGACACCUGCUGCCCUGAACGGCGGCGCGUCGCGCCGUUCCAGCAUUUACGAGUGCCGCAGCGGCGGCGGCAGCAGCAUCUGCAGCGGCCCGGGAGGCAGCCUUGGGGCCGGCCCCGCGCCAGCGCUCAGCGCUUUGAGCGGAGGCGACAAGGCCCCGCAGCGCGCGCCGCAGCAGGCGGCCGCGGGGCCGCACUGGCCGGCCCAGGCCAAAGGCUGCAAAGUGGGCGGCGCGUGCGGAAGGAUCGGCUCGGCCAUCCGCCGCUGCUUCGGCGGCCAAUGA